UGUUCUGCGGGGGGAACCUGCGGUGUAACGUUACUGGAAUGGGAACGAGGAAGACGAGGAGCAGGAGAAGAACAAGGUGAUUCCUCAGCAAAAUCUCUGUUCAUACCAGGUUUGCAUUCUGACCUGUGGGCCAAUGUAAGUCGUGUUGAGUGACUGCGUGUGAAAGGGACCAUCAGUAUCCUCAUGUCCUAUGGAGGAGGCUUUCAGGGACGACCUGAGCGAGUCCGCCAGGCGCCCCUCUAUGACCAGGUACCACACGGCUCCUUACCCCGAGAAGACUCCUUCGAUCUGCAGCCACUGAGAGGGCAGAGAGCCCCUCAUCUCGCUAAGAGCGCCGACCCCCUCCCGGCCCCACCUCUGCCAGAGCAGCCUCCUGUGGGGCUCGAGUUCGAUCCCAGCGGCAGCGAGGACAACAGUCACCCAGACCUCGACCCCGCCAUCGACAUCAAGCCAGUCCACCGCUUCGUCCCAGACUCCUGGAAGAACUUCUUCAGAGGAAGCAACGUGGGCAGUGACAAGUGGUCCAUGCCUGAAUCCUCGGUUAACAAUAACAAUAGCACCACUGGAGGGCAGCGCUGCUCACCCCCUCAGUCCCCCUCUGUUCCUGGGUCAUACAGGGAUCCCUAUGGGGGCUCAGGUAGCUACAACUCCAGAAAGGAGCUUCUGGAAGUACCGGAUCCUCAGGAGUCUGUGUCAGGGCGCACCUACCGCACGGGUCUGACCUACAGUGAGCGAGUGGAGGAGUACCAUCAGCGCUACGACUACAUGAAGUCCUGGGCAGGCCUGCUGAGGAUUCUAGGAUGUAUUGAGCUCCUGCUAGGAGCUGCUGUGUUUGCCUGCGUCUGUGCCUACAUCCAUAAAGACAAUGAAUGGUUCAACAUGUAUGGAUACUCCUCUCCUGGGGGAGGAUACGGAGGAGGUUACAGUGGAGCCAUCACAGGGGGGUCCUACUACUCAGGCCCCAAAACCCCUUUUGUGUUGGUGGUGGCAGGGCUGGCCUGGUUGAUGACUGUGAUUCUAUUAGUGCUGGGGAUGACCAUGUACUACCGCACCAUUCUGCUGGACUCCUCAUGGUGGCCCGUGACUGAGUUUAUCUUGAACCUGGCUCUGGCAGUGCUCUACAUGGCAGCAGCCAUUAUCUAUGUACGUGACACAACUCGUGGAGGGCUCUGCUCCUACCCAGUCUUCAACAAUGGCAUCAAUGGUGCGUUCUGCAGAACAGAGGCUGGCCAGACUGCUGCCAUCAUCUUUCUGUUUGUCACAAUGGUUAUUUAUCUGAUUGGAGCCAUCGUGUGUCUCAAGCUGUGGAGACAUGAGGCUGCACGCAGGUACCGGGAGCUGAACGGCCUGGAGAUGCUGCCCUCUGAGAUGCGAGCUGCUCGCUCAUUGGUUGCUCCAGGUCCAGCUCAUGUACUCAAAACUCCCGAACAGGCCCAGGAGUCAUCAGUCGUUCCCAUCCAGGCUGCUCGAAAGGUUGGGCCAGCGCAGAUUCUACAGGGAGCUAUACCAUCAGGACACAUUCCAAAACCGGUUAUUGUGCCUGACUAUAUUGCUAAGUACAAAACCGUACGGACAGACGAGGAGCGGGACCAGUACCGAGCUGUGUUCAACGACCAGUACGCCGAGUACAAAGAGCUCCACGCAGAUGUGCAGGCCACCCAAAAGAAGUUUGAUGAGAUGGACGCCAUGAUGCGUGGCCUGCCCCAGAACCCAACCAGCCAGAUGGAGGUGGAUCGUAUUUCCAGGAUCCUUCAGGAAUACCGAAGGAAGAAAAAUGACCCAACGUUCCUGGAGAAGAAGGAGCGUUGCGAAUACCUGAAGAGCAAACUGUCUCACAUCAAGCAGAAGAUCCAAGAAUACGAUAAAGUCAUGGAGUGGAACGAUGGAUACGACUUUUCAGUCGACACAGCCCAGGUGAGACGCACCGAGCAACAGAUCAGUGAUCUGCAGAGUGAACAGCGUCUCAGCGCCAACCCGCUGCAGGUGGCCGCACGCACGGAAACAUGGCAGCACCCACUAGAUCCAGCAGCAAUGUCCUCGGGGCCCCAUGGGAGUCCCCCUCCCUACGAGGAAGAUGGAUACACCGCCGCUCCGCAGACGGCCUACUCUUACUAUCCAGAUGAUGAGUUCCAGCAUUUCUACCGCUGGACGUCUCCACCAGGCAUCCUCAAAAUCAUGGGCAUCAUAGUCAUCGUGAUGUGCGUCGGCAUAUUUGCUUGUGUAGCCUCCACUCUGGCCUGGGACAGCCAGGGAGCCAUGGGUGGCUUCGGGGGUGUAGGGGGAGGUUAUGGCGGCGGCGGUUAUGGCGGCGGCGGUUAUGGCGGCGGCGGAUUUGGUGGUGGCGGUUAUGGUGGCUCCUAUGGAGGCGGCGGAUAUGGAGCUGGAAACAACUAUGGCUACGGUAGCCUGGGAGGGAACUACAAUGAUCCCCGAGCAGGCAAAGGGUUUAUCAUUGCCAUGGCAGCCAUCACCUUCAUUGCCUGCCUGGCCAUCUUCAUCAUCAUUGUGUCCCAUCAAAGCCUAUCAGAGAGCAGGAAGUUCUACCUAGCAGUGAUGAUCAUCUGUGCCAUCCUAGCACUGCUAAUGCUAAUUGCGGCCAUAGUUUACUUGGUGGCAGUGAACCCCACGGCGCAGUCCUCUGGGUCCAUCCAGUCUAUGCAGAUUGCUGGCCUGUGUGCUCAGUACCAACAACCACAGACUGCAGGAGUCUUCGUCAACCAGUAUCUCUACCACUACUGUGUGGUGGAACCACAAGAGGCCAUCGCCGUGGUGUUUGGCUUCCUGGUCGCCGUCGCUCUGAUCGUCAUGCUCGUCUUUGCUCUGAAGACUCGCCAGAAAAUCAUAAACUUUGGCAAGAGCAACGUUCUGUGGAAGAAAGUGAAGAUCAUCGACGAGAUGGCGCCACCUCAGGAUGUGGAGGCAUGGGUGAACAAUGUGUCCGUUGCCCCUGAAGCGCUCCCGAUGGCAGAUUACCCUGAGAAGCUGAGAGGCUCCAGGAGCCACCUGGAUGACGAGAGCACCAACUACGACAAACCUCCCUACAGCUACUCACCACAGCCUCUUGUGGAAAACCACGCGCUGCUGCAGAACGGGGCUCCCUACAGCAGUAGCUCCGAGGUGGCCAGCUCGGCCGGACGGCAAAAGAAGAGGCGUGCAGGUCGCCCUCGCCGCGCCGAUGGACAGGACUAUGAAACCGACUAUAACUCCUCAGGAGAUGAGCUGGACGACAAUGACUUUGACAGUGAAGUUUCUCCGAUAACAAACGAGAAGGAGCGCAACGACUGCAAGCGUGAAUUCGACCGCGAACACCAGGAGUACAAGGACCUGCAGUCGGAGCUGGACAUCAUCAACAAGAAUCUGUCCGAGGUGGACAGAGAGCUGGACGAGCUGGAGGAGGGGAGCCCACAGUACCUGGAUGUCUUGGAUGAGUACAACAGGAUAAAGAGCAUCAAAAAGUCUGCAGAUUAUCAGGUGAAGAAGCGCAGGUGUAAGUAUCUGAAGUCCAAACUGAACCACCUCAAGAAGAUGGUCAGUGAUUAUGACCGCAGGGCCUGAACAAAAUCUGUGGGGACAACCCUCCCCUCUGAGACGUGACCGAUUGUUGAGUUUUGGAACAGUAGCAGACUGCAGAGGACGGAGCUGCUGCAUCAAACGAAGCUUCUUAAGUGUGUUUGAGCUGAUUGCUGUUGAAACUGCAAUGGUUUUUUCUUUACUUUGGAAGGACAGAGCUUUAUCCUGUCUGGUAUUAUGCCACUGUUUGUAUUAUGAUCAUCUCGUGACAUAGGUACUGUUUUCUGUAUUUAUUUUACUCAUUGUGAUCUUAACAUAGGAGUCUAGUAGAGGAGUGAUAUAUGCAGAUCCCUGCUUGAUUUUUAAUGAGCUCUUUAUUUUUAAUCCACUCGGUUUUUUUUCGGCAACAUAAAGAUGUAAAUAUUUGGGAAACACUUGUGUUUUUAAUGAUUUUUGCCGUUUAUGGAAGUAAGUUCACAUGUGUUCAAUGUGUUUCAGACACAUGGUGAUAUUGCAGGUUUGAUGCAUACUGAUGUACUUGGACAAUCAUUUGUGAUGUUUUUUACUAGAAUAAAUUCAUUUAACAAACCCA